GUCAAAAAAAUUAUACACACCAGCAGUGUGUGAGGAGACCUGAAAGUGGCACAUGCAGAGUGUGGCGAUGGAGACAGCAGCAAUGGGGAGGGCCGUACAGGGACCCAUGACAGACGUCUGGACCUGGCAGCAGCAUGAGGAGGCGGUAUAUAGGGGCCUAUGGCAGAUUAGGGGCCUGGGCAGCAGCUAUAGGAGGCCCAUAAUCUGCCAGCACCCUAUGUCAAAAAAUUCUACACACACCAGCAGUGUGAGGAGACCUGAAAUUGGCACAUGGCAGAGUGUGGCGAUGGAGACAGCAGCAAUGGGAGGCCGUACAGUGGACCUCAUGACAGACUCUAGGACCUGGCAAGCAGCAUGA